CUAACUAGUGCAAAUGUUAUAAGAUUGGAUUUUACAUAAAGCAGCAGUUUCUGGUUUCCUCUGCACUCCAGGCCAACCCUAAUUUUGGAAGGGAGCGGAAUUACUUUACUCCCGUAGGGCUUCCUUGGAGAAAGUCACCGACCGCAAGAUUGAAAUUAUACAUAGAGGCUCAACUACAUCUUCUCUCUUUGCUUCUUCGUGUUGCUUGAUCUUCUUCUGGAGUAUAUUCACGUUGUAGCAGAAGGAUGAAUGUGUACAUUGUAGUUUUCGAGUUUUCGUCCUUUUCGAAAAAUUUGAGUGUUGAAGGGAAGUAGAACACCAUUAAUUUCAUUCCUCGGAGUGGCUUCGCCACUGAUAGUUAGAUAGCAUGUGCUGAAAAGAGUACGCUAAAAACUCCUCUGCGCGUCAGCCUCUUCGACCCGCCGAAGGUAAAGCUCCACGAGCGGCGGCCAGCUGUUGUGCCAAAGCACUGGCUCCGCGAGCAAGAUCCGAAAGAACAAGGAAGUCAAGUGCGAUCUGGCCUACACCUAGAUUCUCUCGUGCGAUAAUCACAAUUAAGUUGCCAUUGCACUUCCGUACUGCCUGCACUUCAGUGAGUAGUGCGGACCAUUCCGGGAACCGACAGCGGGAGCUUCAGCAUCGAUAUUGGGAUCCGAAGCCGGAAGUUGAAUCUGGCGUGUCCAUCACUAAUUGAGUUUCAAGGAAGGGGCUUAGCCUGUACUUUGGCUUUGGCGAAACCUCGGCCCACCGUCGUCCGGCGACCGCAUGACAAGUGGUGAGGCCGCGGAGCAAACGCGGGCGACCGCCAGCGUCGGGGCCACUACCGAGCCGGCCACCGGGACCGACCAACAGCUUUCGCCCGGUCUGCGCGUUACCUCUCAGUCCCCAAACGCGAAGCGUCCUUCGGUUUUGGAACCGAGCGAGAUAGACGAUGUAAUAACGAAACUGGACGGGCAUAUCGAGAAAAUUGAAAAAUUUCUGACGAUAAACCAUGAGCUCACAGAGGAAGCCAGGUUUUCAGUCAAGCGGCAGUCGGCCCAGAUCGAGUUCUUACAUCUGUCCGGGAAGGUAAGCGAGCGUGAGUCUUGAUUUAUGCCACCAUUGCAUUGAGUUCUAUUUUUUUCUACGCAGUUGUGUUGUGUUGUGAUGUCGUAGGCCGCAGUGUAGUAGCAGCUAUUUGUAGUCCCGUCGCUUACAGUUACAGUAAGGAAGCUUGCUAUAGUCGUAGAUCGAUGCGAGUGCGACAUGAUUGACUGCACACAAAGGUACGCGACAUAGUGGUGGAAAACAGGGAAUCCCGAGCGUGCAUGCGCGCAAUGUUUCACGAAAGCGAUCGUGCUGGGCGACUCAUGUACGAAUACUUUGCACGAUCGUUGCUGUUGCCAGUAUCAGUAAGUGUGGCAAUCUUGAACGUAAAAGUUGUGCACGAAACGUUUUAGCGGGUCUCUACGUAGUUCGGAACUUGUGUAUAACCGCAAACUCUUCAGGUACAUUCACGACACCGCGUUCCACUUAGUAGAGAAGACGUCCGGUGGUCAGGGGGAGUUGCUGGCCAAGACAAUAAAUUUUGCGAAGCCAAUACAACAUGCAAUAGAACAGCAACGGCUUACAUGCGAACCUUGGGAAGUGAUGCACCAAAACGGUGCGCUGCGCGUCGGUACUGGCUUCAUAAAUUCCGGAAGGAUUUUCUGCAGAAAUAAAUUAACAACACGUAGAAGGUAAAAAGGUAUUUAAAAAAUUAGUAAAAAAAACUGUUGCUUUUGCAUUUGCUGCUCGAACGGCACGCAGAGGAUGGGUUUAUGUACAGGUUCUUGGUUUGGAGGAAUUCCCAACAUGAUUUGCAAUGUUCUGCAGGUUUCGGCCCUGCCUUAGACCCGGAGUGUCGAGAUAAGAUCCUGAAGGAAGCCGGUAAGUAUGUGCCGCCACCCCCGAAGCCAUCCGAGCCAGACAUUUCCGAGAACAUUGAUGAAGAGCCAACCGAGGAACCAACAUCACAGGAGCAGACGCGCGAUCACACGGCUGCGCCUCCUGAAGCGGCCGCUCCAGUACUAGCCGCUGCAAAACAAGACAGCCGGGGCGCAACCCCGAGCGCAUCCUCUACGGCAGGCUUUGCCCCUCGACCGUGUGCCCGCUUUACAAGCUUCCGCGGCAACUUGAUCAUGCACCGCACCUCGGACGAGGUUUCCGGAGACGGGAACGGAAAACCGUCGGACGUUGAGGACGAAGUGGUAGGAAUCACCGACAGACCUGUGCAGUACUUCGACGACCACGGGUAAGUAUUUACAACUUUGAAGAAGUAUAGUCAUAGUGCUCACGACCUUUUUUCGCAACUCGAACUCGAUGUUAGUUUUUGUCACGACUCGUCCCUAGCAGUGCACCAAAAGCAGCGCCAUCACAUGGUGAUUCCCUUUUAUACAAUAUGGUUGUGGAGUUGUCUUCAAGAACAGCCGCAAAAAGCGAAUUCAUAUGAGCAAGUAGGUAUUACGUGGAAAUCGAAGUUGGGUCGACGCUUGCUCAAGAAGAGCAAUCUUCCGGGUGCAUGGGACUGGGAGUUACGUUUAUGCGGCCCGACGAGGUCGGAAGCCGGAUGCCGAAACGGCUCGAGAAGUUGAAACAGGGUUGGUUCUUCACCGGCCCCUACAAAGGAGGCACGACCCGCAGAGUGUACCGACACGGCAAAAAAGACAUUCGCUUCAUUCUCGACGGCGAGGAAAGCGAACCUCUCCGGUGGAGUCCCGGGGACAAAAUGUCGCUGUUGAUUCGGCCCAAGGACGCAGCAGAACCAGAGUGGCAGUGGACCAUCUCGCUCUACAUCAAUCGAAACAUCGUCUUGGCAUGUAAAAAUUCGUACACUGCUGUUGAAGAAGAUUGAUUCAUCUUGCUGUACCAGUUUCUAUAUUCAUCAUCUCUAGUUUCAGUUUGAUGUCUUCGUCUUAGUCUCUGAUGCCCGUGAUAGUCGUGAUAUGCUGCGAUUGCGAAGCGGCCGUACUCGCUCAGCUAAGCGGGAACCGAGACUGUAAGUACUGUAAAAACUAGGUACGAUCGACGUUCCCCCAUCCGAGGACGGAAGUUUUCAAGGAGUGCCGCGCUCAUUAGACUUGUACGCCUGCGCCGAAGCAUAUGGCUACGUCACGUCGGUAAAGUUGAACCCAGCCGCGACGCCACACGGUUUAGCGAUCGCGGGACUGAAAGGAGAGGGGCAAGCAGAGCAAACCUAGUGUGACACCUGUUGUGGUCGUUGGACUUCACUUUGCGUAGAGUACAAAAUUUUGCAGCAUCACGGGUUAACUUCUACAUACACAGAACGGGUACAUUACACGCGCCGUCGAACAAACGGACGCUUGCCAGUGCGAAUGCGAUAUCAAAGAUACAAAAAAUGGGAUAGAAAUUGAUACUCAACAUCACAUGCCGUGCUACAAAAAUCACAAUCAACCUGAGUACUUGAAGAUUUUGCAGCUAUUUGACUCCGCCCCGGGUGAGUAGCGAAGAAACCAAGAGAUGCUGAAAAAACGCAAGAUGAAAGCAAAGACGCAAGCAUACACAGAAGCAGCCAUUUAU